CCCGACUCUCUCCAACCACGAUGGCGGCCUCCCUCCUCUCAUCCGAGCUCCUUUCAUCGUGCGACUGGUUUGAUGACGAGCAGCAGUCCGACGAGGUCGUCGUGUUCAACGCGGCGGCGCCCGCAAACAAGACGACAGCGGCCGAGAACGCGGCAAAGGCCGCCCGGCGCGGGGUGAGCAAGAGCAAGAAGCGCGGCGCGCUCAGGGAGGGUGAGGCGGCGCCGCAGUGGCGCAAGCCGCUCAAGCAGCCCAAGGAGGUGCGCGGCGCGGGCCUCUACCGGUCAAGCCAGCCGGAGGAGGAGGAGGAGGAGGCUGACUCGCCGUGGAAGGGGCUCCCGGUGAGCAACGCCUUUGCCGUCCUCGCCUCGCCCGAAGGCCGGCGCUCGCGGCGAGCGUCGCUGGCGUCGUCAAAGGCGCCGACUCCGGCAAAGGCGCCCACGCCGGCGGCUGCACCCUCUCCCGCAAAGGAGGCGUCCCCAAAGCCGGCGGCGAAAGCUGCAAAGCCGGCGUCGCUGGUCAAGGCCAAGUCGCCGCUGAAGCCAAAAGCGGCCUCCGAGGCGAACGAGGGGACGCCCCUCAAGCGCCGGACCCGGGCGGCCGUCAAGAUGGUGCAGGACGUCGUGAGUGCGGUCGUGCAGGCGCUCUCGCCCUCGAUCGCCGCCUGCAGCCCUGUCAAGGCACUCGCAGCGCGGCCCCGCGCGACCCGCGUGUCGAAGCUGGCGACCUCCGCCGUCACCGCGGCGGUGGCGGCGAAGCCCGCGGCCCCGAUUACGCGGCGCUCCUCGCGACUCUCCACCAAGGCGUGAGUAAGGGGGCUGCAGCAGGGCCGCGCAGAAAGGGCCGCGCAGAACCAGCCUGUAUCUAGACUGGAGGUCGAGGCGUUUGUCGCGUGAGAGCGAGUGCGGGUACAGUGCCCCCCACGCUCGUGGCAUGUUGCGCAUGGACUGCGGCUUGUUCAGUGUCUGGUGGACGUCUCGUGAUGCCGGGUGGACUGCAUUGCGCGAGACGUGCGCCCUUGAGGGGGCGGCGCCGGCGCCGGGGCGGGGGGGCUGCGACGCGCGGGACGCGCCGCGAGGCUAGUAGAGUGUAAACUAAUGAUGACAUGUUCCCAUGUGGCUUGGU